GUCAUAACCGUUGCGUAAAACGUCAACAUUGAAGAUUGGAUGUAAACAAAGCGACUUUGAGCCCCAAAGACGACGAUGGAUAAGGGCCCCGAGUUGGUGUCCGAUGCGGAAAGAGACCUGGCCUUGAAUGCCCUUAACGAGUUCAAAAAGCGGAAUUUCAACGGUUGCCUGCAAACUAUCGGCAGGCUGGAAAGCAGCCGCGCCAGAGACUUCAAAGUGCUGCACAACCGCGCGAUUGUGGAAUACUUUCGAAGCGAUCUGAAGAAGACUGAGCACUUCAAACAGAACCUCAACAAUCUAUGUGCACAGUUUAAAAUCAAGGUGGACAAACUGGAGGAGAUCGACUAUUGCAUCGCUCAGUUCAACCAGGCAGUAAUCUUGUUUCAUCAGAAGGAGUAUACCGCAGCGCAAGCAAUAAUGGACCGGGUUUACAAGUUUAUUGAACCGAUGGAGGAAAGCUUAGCCAAGCAGGUGAGUCUGUUGGCAAUCGAGCUGCAGCUGGUGUUGAGGCGCCCGGAUAAGGCCCUGACCCUCAUCAGCUAUCUGGAGAACAGUCUCAUGUAUGGGGGCAGCAUCCCCUUGAAGGGCCUGGACAAGCUGGGCAGGGACAAAAAGUUGCCCUUGCCAGACCCCAAGCCCAUCCCGGAGGAGUUUCAGCGCAAGCUGCUCCAGUACAAAGUGCGCUGUUACUUGCUGAACCACUCUGUAUCGCUUGCCAGUAAGGAGCUCUCAGCAAUGCUCAAAGACAAAUCAAAAGUGGACUUAAUGUUUCUGACCGCCAACCUGGAGUACAUAAAAGGCAACCUGAAGGAGUCCCUAAAGGUGCUGUUGAGUAUUCCAGAGGACGCGCUGAUAUACAAUGAAUACGGAGAAUCAUCCAAAGUGCUGCUGAACAACAACUUGGGAAUCCUUCACCAUGCGCUGGGCAAGCAGCACCUUGCAAGCCACUACUUCCAGACGGCUCUGAAAGAGGACAUCAGCCUGUGGCAGGCUGUGAAGAAGCAGGACAGCAAUGAUCAGUACCUGUACAUCCGAGGCGGCUGCAAACAUCACGAAAUCACCUAUAAUUUGGGCGUGGCGCUGCUGCAUGCAGGUCGAGCGUCCGAGGCGUUUGACUGCUUGAUUUUCGCAGUGCGACGGUACCAUCGAAACGCCCGGCUCUGGCUGCGAGUGGCCGAAUGCUGCAUUGCUGUGCACAAGGGGAGCAACGAAGUGGACUUUGAUGUACAGAAGAAGCAAAAGUCCUUAAUCGAGGAAGUGGUGGGUUCAGGGACCAAUCGCAAAGUGGUGCUGACCAGCAACUUGUCCACGGACAAGAAGUACAAUUUUGAGAGUAUCUCCUACGCGAUUCCGGUGCCCACAUUGGAAUUCGCCACAUUCUGCCUACGCAACGCCAAAGCGCUGUUGCCGGCCGAUGCGGCAGAGGCGCCCCAAGAGCCCCUGUUCCUGGUGCCAGGCGUCACCCCACCAGCGCCCCCACCAAGCCCUACGCUCGCGCCUUCAAGCCCGUCCUGCACGCAGGAAAUUCAGGGACUGAAAAACGCAAUAUUGGCAGCCACUGCCUACGUGUGCUUGUGUCUGGGCGAUUACGUCACUGCAUUGGGCUUCGCCAAAGAUCUGCUAGCGCAGGAGAGGAUUUCCGGCGUUCACAAACUAUUGGGGAACAUGUACACAGCCGAGUGUCUAGUUCUUUGUGACCGAAUCCCGGAAGCUCUAGAUUACCUGGACCCCAAUACUAUCCAGGACAUCAGCUUCCAUUUACCGCAAGAGGACAACGAUGAAAACCUGGUCAAUACUCGGCCGCCGUUAGGCUGGUUCCCCAACAACAUGGAAACCGUGCACGCCGUGAUGCAAUACAAUAUUGCGGUAGCCAAGACUAUCAGAGGCCAGCUGGACCAAGCCGGGCAACUACUGAAGCAAAUAUGGCAACAGCAUCAGGCACAGGCCUGCCAGGUGCCGGUGCACAUCUUCAUGCUCUUUAUCUACAUCGAAUUGAGGCUAGGGCAUUCGGAGGUUGCCCGAAAUCUCCUGAGGCAGUUCUCGAUGCAACCACGGGUUUCUGGAUGAUUGCACCGCAGGCUUAUGUGUAACUUCAGUUUAUUUAAUUAUUAAACAUCGCUCACUAUCUA